AUGUUCAUCGAAGAUGACGCGCAAAUGGACAGCUUCUGGGUGCAGGGCGCAAUUGGUGCCAUCAAAGCCAUUUCAUUUUUCUACGACAUCAUAACGCUGCCGGUCUAUUUGGUGUUACAGGCGCCCUGGAAACGUCGACAGGACUCGAGGCGUGUCAAGGCCAAAGUAACCACCAGUGAUGAGAGUUCACUGACGUACCGCACCACAGAGCCGCCCCGUGAGGUUCACGUGAAGAUGCUUCAAGAAAACAUCGACACGCUGGAGAAAGUUUUCAACUACGUAGCCAAAACGCAUUCCUCGAAGCGUUGCCUGGGCACACGUCAAAUCCUCAGCGAGGAGGACGAGGUGCAGCCGAAUGGGCGCGUCUUCAAGAAGUACAACAUGGGUGACUACAAGUGGAAGAACUUUACAGAAGCGGAGCGCAUGGCGGCGGCUUUUGGGCGCGGUCUGCGCGAGUUGGGCCAGGCGCCCCGUCAGAACAUUGUCAUCUUUGCCGAGACGCGGGCCGAAUGGAUGAUUGCCGCCCAUGGUUGCUUCAAGCAGGCCAUGCCAAUUGUGACGGUCUAUGCAACAUUGGGUGACGACGGCGUGGCACAUUGCAUCACCGAGACGGAAGUAACCACAGUCAUAACAUCUCAUGAUCUCUUGCCCAAAUUCAAAAGCCUACUGGACAAAUGCCCCAAGGUCAAUACGAUUAUCUAUAUGGAGGAUCAACUGCACAAAACUGAAACAACAGGCUUUAAUAAUGGCGUUAGGAUAUUGCCGUUUACACAGGUCGUCAAAAUGGGGCAGGAAAAUAAAUUCGAAAAUGUUCCACCCAAGGGCAACGAUAUUGCCAUCAUCAUGUACACUUCCGGCUCCACAGGAACUCCCAAAGGCGUACUGUUGUCGCACAAGAAUUGCAUUGCCACUAUGAAGGGCUUCUGCGACGUAGUGCCGAUAUAUCCGGACGAUGUGCUCAUUGGUUUCCUGCCGCUCGCCCAUGUCUUCGAACUCGUCGCUGAGAGCGUUUGCCUCAUGACCGGCGUCUCCAUUGGCUACUCCACACCCCUGACGCUGAUAGACACCAGUAGUAAGAUCAAGCGAGGCUGCAAAGGUGAUGCCACUGUUUUGAAACCCACAUGCAUGACUUCCGUGCCACUCAUACUCGAUCGCAUCUCCAAGGGUAUUAACGACAAGGUCAAUUCGGGAUCUGCCUUCAAGAAGGCACUCUUCAAGUUUCUUUAUCAAUACAAAGUGAGGUGGAUUCAACGUGGCUAUCAGACGCCCCUGAUUGACAAACUGGUCUUCAAGAAGGUGGCCAAGCUGAUGGGCGGAAAGGUGCGGAUCAUGAUGUCGGGCGGUGCACCACUUUCGUCGGACACACAUGAACAGAUCAAGACAUGUCUUUGCGUGGACUUAAUACAAGGCUAUGGACUAACCGAAACCACAUCCGGAGCCACUGUCAUGGACUAUCGCGACAUGACAUAUGGCCGCACUGGUGCUCCCCUUACUGUUUGCGACAUUCGUCUGGUAAACUGGGAGGAAGGACAUUAUCGUGUGACAAACAAACCGUAUCCACAAGGCGAAGUGCUCAUCGGCGGCGAUUGCGUCUCACAGGGCUACUAUAAACUACCCGGAAAAUCUGCUGAGGAUUUCUUCGAAGAGGACGGACGUCGGUGGUUCAAAACGGGCGACAUUGGUGAAGUGCACCCCGAUGGCGUACUUAAGAUCAUUGACCGCAAGAAGGAUUUGGUCAAGCUGCAGGCUGGUGAAUAUGUGUCCCUGGGCAAGGUCGAAUCAGAGCUAAAAACAUGCGGAUUUAUUGAGAACAUAUGCGUUUAUGGUGAUCCAACAAAGCAAUUUACUGUCGCACUGGUCGUACCGAAUCAGAAACAUUUGGAGGAGCUGGCCGAACGUCACGGCAUGUUUGGAAAAUCGUUUGAGGAGCUGUGCUCAUCGCCAACCAUGGAGAAGGCCAUAUUGAAAGAAAUUGCGGACCAUGCGCGAAAAUGCAAACUACAAAAGUUCGAGGUACCCGCGGCCAUUACGCUGUGCAAAGAGGUUUGGUCACCAGACAUGGGUCUGGUCACAGCCGCAUUCAAACUGAAACGCAAGGACAUACAGGAUAGAUAUCAGCACGACAUCAAUCGCAUGUACGCUUCAUGAAAGUUAAUGUGCUGAACUGGCACAUGCUCCGAUUAGAAGAAGCUUAACAAGCAGCUGCAAUGGCCACGAACCGGACUACAUAGGUGCCGUACUAAAUCUAAAUAAUUAGUAUGGAAGAAGCUGCACACCAAGACAUACACACCCAUGCUUGCAAUAUAACCAAACUAGCCUAAGCCAACACGUAGUAAAUGGUCUUAAUCAAAAAUCUGGGCAUGCCAAGAAACAUUUCAACUUCGCAUAUUCUUUGUUUAGUUUGUUUGUCAAAGAAGUCGAGUGAAGCGCUUUUUGGCAGGUAUUUUAGUUUGGUUAAUAAUAGUUGAUAUUUAAAUGCUGCUGACCAUACGGAAAACCUUGAGAACUAUAACUAUUGUAUGUACAGUUGCGUUUUAAGUACAUUCGAGAGGCAAAGCGCGUUACAGAAUAACACAGAAAACAAUACUUAUUUUUAUAUAAAUCAAUAAUCUUAAGCUUAAGUGGUUGCCUAAUAAUUAUGUACAUGUACAUACAUAUACUAUUCACGAUAUAUACCUUUAUACAUACAUAUAUAUAUACACAAUAUAGUAUAUUGUGUAAGCUAAGUUUAAUGUCAAAUUUGAAGUAAAAUUAUGAAAAGUUGCUGAUGGAUUAAAGCAAAAUCAUGAAUGUUGUUGGCAAAUCCUUUUUCUUCGACGCACUUGUAGCGCAGAUCUAAACCCUCCAUAAAUUAUUAUAUUUUAUACGAAAAGCUGGCGGGAAAUAUAUUUUAGCGCAAUUUAGUUAAAGCAAAGGAACGAAAGGGCGUUGUAAAGGAAACCAAUCGGAUCAAGAAGAAGAAAGAAAACUGCAGCAAAUGAAAGACUUAGUAUGUACUAAAAUAAUUAAAACAAAAAAGCACGAAAACAGGCCGUCUACCAGGCCUAAUUAAUACAAAAAAAAAAAAAAAAAAAAAAAAAGUAUAUAUAAACUCUAAACAUCCUGUUUUCUUCGAUGUUUAAUACAUUUUUGAAUAUGUUUUAGUCAUACCUUUAGUUAAAUAUAUACCGUUUAGGCACCUUUA